ACCCACGAGCGGCCGCGUCCAAACCGCCUCCUCAACUGUCUAUUGUAUCAAGAUGCCGGGCCUCGGGUAUGCAGACAGACCCAGUUGCUGCCGAGGGCCAGAAGAAAGGAGGCCGCGAGCCCGGCGGCCGGGCGCGAGAGGAAGUGGGCGGCGGUAACGAGUCACUGGGCACCCUCUCGUAUUCCCGACGAGAGAGGCGCCCCGCAGAGCCCGCAGAGCCUCCCGCGCUGCGGGGGUCCCGGGGCGCGGUCCACGCCCGCGCUCUCACGCGUCCCCUUGUCCAGGAUGCGGCUGGGCCGCCGGGCCCUCUGCGCGCUGGUCCUGCUGCUCGCCUGCGCCUCGCUGGGGCUGCUGUACGCUCGCUCCCGAACCUCCCCGGGCCUCCGGGCUCCGCUGGCGCUGUGGACACCCCCGCAAAGCGCCCUCAGGCCUCACCUACCUGAUCUAGCUCCUGAGCCCCGCUAUGCACACAUCCCGGUUCGCAUCAAGGAGCAAGUGGUGGGACUGCUCCCUUGGAACAACUGCAGCUGUGAGUCCAGUGAAGGGGGGAUCCUGCUGCUCCCCUUCCAGAGGCAGGUCCGAGCCACUGACUACACCAAGGCCUUUGACCCCAAGGAGCUGAGGGCUGCCGUUGCCGCCAGAGAGCAGGAGUUCCAAGUCUUCCUUUCAAGGAGGCAGUCCCCAGCUGACCAGCUACUCAUCGCCCCUGCCAACUCCCCGCUACAGUACCCCCUGCAGGGGGUGGAGGUGCAGCCACUGGGGAGCAUCUUGGUGCCAGGGCUAAGCCUGCUGGCAGCUUCAGGGCUGGCCUUAUAUCAGGUGAACCUGACUGCCUCCUUGGGCACUUGGGAUGUGGCAGGGGUAGUGGCAGGAGUGACUCUCACUGGAGAGGGGCAGCCUGAGCUCACAAUCACUAGUCCAGGGCUGGACCAGCUCAACCGGCAGCUGCAGCUGGUCACUUACAGCAGCCGAAGUUACCAGACCAACACCGCAGACACAGUCCACUUCUCCACGGAAGGCCAUGAGGCUGUCUUCUCCAUCCGCAUCAGACAUGCCCCCAACCCUCGGCUGUACCCUCCCGGGGGGGCUCCAUCUCAAAAAGCCCAGUACAACAUCAGUGCCCUGGUCACUAUCGCCACCAAGACCUUCCUUCGUUACAACCGGCUGAAGGAGCUCAUUGCCAGUAUCCGCCGCUUCUACCCUACGGUCACCAUCAUCAUCGCGGAUGACAGCGAAAAGCCAGAGCGCAUUAGUGGUCCCCACGUGGAGCACUAUAUCAUGCCCUUCCGCAAGGGCUGGUUCGCAGGCCGGAACCUGGCUGUGUCCCAAGUGACCACCAAGUAUGUGCUGUGGGUGGACGAUGACUUCAUCUUCACGAGGCGGACACGGCUGGAGAGGCUCGUAGAAGUUCUGGAGAGGACGCCGCUGGACCUGGUGGGGGGUGCGGUGCGUGAAAUCUCUGGCUUCACUACCACGUACCAGCAUCGGCUGAGCGUGGAGGCUGGCCCGCCGGGCCUCGGGAACUGCCUCCGCCAGCGGCGCGGCUUCCACCACGAGCUCCCGGGCUUCCCGGGCUGCGUGGUCACCGACGGCGUCGUCAACUUCUUCCUGGCGCGCACCGACAAGGUGCGCGAGGUGGGCUUCGACCCGCGCCUCAGCAGUGUGGCGCAUCUGGAAUUCUUCCUGGAUGGCCUUGGCACUCUCCGCGUGGGCUCCUGCUCUGACGUCAUCGUGGAUCAUGCAUCCAAGCUGAAGCUUCCUUGGGUGUCAAGGGAAGCCAGUGCGGGGACUUAUGCCCAAUAUCGUUACCCGGGGCCACGGGAUGAAAGCCACGUAGCCAAACACCGCCUGCUCUUCUUCAAACACCGGCUCCAAUGCAUGACCAUAGAUUGAUGGCCACCCAGAGCCUUGGCCCUGCCAGGACUUCCCAGCAACACCCCCCACCCAGUGACCACUCUCCAAUGACUGCCUCUGGCCUCCCGGCUCCUCAGCCCUCCUCAGCAGAGCCUGAUCCCAAGUAAGGGCUUGUCCUGGUGACACUCCUCCUUUGCUUGAGUGCCCAGUGUGGGCACGAUGGAGCCAGACUCUUCCACAGUGCCGGGUUGCCCCCACCCUACCAUAUAGGGCAGGAAAGGGAGGGGGACAGGUUUUGCUUCCCAAGUGCCAAAGAGCCCAGGGGGACUCUAAGAACUAAAGUAGAAACCCUUGCCGCUCCUCUCCUUGGGUAUAGGGCCCCUCCCCACAGAUGUAAUCCCAGGACUAUGUCCCCAACUCCCAUUUCUGGAUCCGGGACUCUGAUCACUGCCUUCAGCCCCACCCUGAUGGAGUGAACUGAGGAGGGAGCGGGCUGGUGACCACCUGGUACAAACCAUUCUCCAUGGUGUCUUUUACGAUGCUGUGGGAAUAGAGGAAGAAUCCCAGCCUCA